AUAGAGUGGCGUCGUCUGUGUUGUUGUCGCUGACUCGCAUUUUUUUUCCCCUUCUACUUGAUAUAAAUGAUCAUUUUUGUACGAAGGCGACCGUUCGGUGAUUAGUUUUAUUUAUUUUUUCCAUUUUGACCUCGUUGACGACGACAAAUAUCUCGAUUGUUCUCUCAAAGCCGGUUUCAUUACCGAGAGUGUUUUGUUAAAACAACAACACGCCAUUUAAAAUCUCUCAUAAGCGGUCGAAUCGUCCUUCUUUGGACUUUGCUCGACAUGGCCGGCAAGAGGAUAUACGUUAGCAUCGCGUAUGCGAGCUUCGGCAGCUUGGUUGGGCUCUCUGCCUUCCUGGUGUGGAACAUAGUUUAUCGGCAGCCAUGGACGGCCACCAUGGGAGGCCUCUCAGGCGUGUUGGCGCUGUGGGCGCUGGUCACCCACGUCAUGUACCUCCAGGACUACUGGCGCACGUGGCUCAAAGGUCUCAAGCUCUUCAUCGGCGUGGGCGUGCUCUUCUGCGUGCUCGCCGUCGCCGCCUUCGUCACCUUUCUGACGCUGGCCAUCCAGCAGAAGCAAUCCGUGAGCGACCCCAGGAGUCUGUACCUGUCGUGCGUGUGGAGCUUCAUGACCCUCAAGUGGUCCUUCCUCCUGGUCUUGUACUCGCACCGUUACCGCCAGGAGUUCGCCGACAUCAGCAUCCUCAGCGACUUCUAGCCACGCCCCCGUAGACUUCCAACGUUCCCCCGGGGUCUUUUAGGACCCGAGGGAGGACUCGCCCGCACAAGGUACUCGUCCGACUUCGACCACCAGGAGGCGCUCUCGCUUCACUCGUAUUUCCAUACAACCUGAAGGAGGCCGGACUUAUUCCCUCCCCUCCCCUCCCCUGCGUUCUUCGUUAAGAGCGCCGACACAAAAAAAACCCCCGAAGUCAUCCCGCAUCUUUUCUAUUUUAGGAAAAGUUGCGCGGACGUCUCGUAAUUAUCCGAUGCUAAAUGCUUAAGUUGGCUUCUGUGUGAAAGGCAAUUGUGGACAACUGCCAGGUCUUCUGUUGUGAUGCACCAAUUUAUCGGGAUGUCUUUGUGGGGGGAAAAGCAGUGACCGUUUUAGACGACAAAAGCGUUUUUGUCCGUUAUCUCAACUCCGAAACUAGAAGACUGGGACUUAAAUUUUCAAUGAAGGAAUUUGCGAGUACAUCACGACUUAACGGACACAUUUUUUCCGGAAAGUACCGCUAGCUUCUGCUCUCU